CUGCACUUGCAGCACUGGCACUGGGCACAGCUUCUGGAGGUGAGGUUGAUUUCAGGUCCUGUUCGACAAACGAGCACCCUCCUUUGCAAGGGGCCCCGUGUCACCUAGUUCCGGCCCUGGAUCUUGGUGUGCAGUCCCACACUGGAGCCUCGUGGAAAGCGACUUGGCUUCAAUGAGACGGCGUUUGGGGAGUCUUUGGAGCCUGACCACAUCUAGCUGCUCGUAUGGAACCGAAUCAGUCAACAAGUAACGGUGACGGAGCCACAUUGUCGGAGAACAGCUGCCCACGAAAAGUCAUAGAUUACAGUUGGUUCGGAUGCUGUUCCUGCACCUUUGUCACCAGAGAUCAGCGUGAAAUUGUGAGCCAUCUGACUGCCCAUGGUGAUGAACAAUCCAAGUGCCACCAUCCUUCCAUGUCUGGCUCCAAGUCCCAAGUGCUCAGCAACACUCAAACGUACAUGACUGAUAAGGUUUUCAGGUGCAAGCUGUGUCCUCUAGCCUUUGCUCAGAGUUGCCAUCUCACCAACCAUAAAAGAACACACACUGGUGAAAAACCUUAUAAAUGCAAGCUGUGUCCUCUAGCCUUUGCUCAGAGCUGUCAUUUGACCAACCAUAAUAGAACACACACGGGUGAAAAACCUUAUAAAUGCAAGCUGUGCCCUCAAGCAUUUGCUCAGGCUUCCGUUCUGGCCAUUCAUAAUCGAAGACACACUGGUGAAAAACCAUUUAAGUGCAAGCUGUGCCCCAAAGCCUUUGCUCAAAAUUCCCGCCUGCAAGUCCAUAAGCGAACACACACUGGAGAAAAGCCAUUUAAGUGCAAGCACUGCCCCCAAGCCUUUGCUCAAAAUUCCCAUCUGCGAAGCCAUUAUCGAACGCACAGUGAUGAAAAGCCAUUUAAGUGCAAGCAGUGCCCCCAAGCCUUUGCUCUAAAUUCCUAUCUGACAAAGCAUAAUCGAACACACACUGGUGAAAAACCAUUUAAAUGCAAGCACUGUCCCAAAGCCUUUGCCCAAAGUUCCAAUCUGCAAAGUCAUAAUCGAACACACACAGGUGAAAAGCCAUUUAAGUGCAAGCAGUGCCCCCAAGCCUUUUCUCAUAAUAGCAGUCUGAUCCGCCAUUAUCAAUCACACGGUGUUUAAAAACCUUACAAGUGCUAAAAAUGCCCCAAAAAGCUUUGCUCAGAAUAGGAGUUCAUCUGCCAGAACCAGACGCACACAUGCGGAAUGCUUUGCCGUUGACCCGUAAGUCGAGUCUGCCCCGUGUGCAGUCAUUUAAGUUGUGCAGAACAUUAUGCCAUUUCAAUUGCAGUAUACAUGUACCUGAGUGCAAGAAAGGUCCCAAAGCCUUCACUACGAAUAAUGGUUCAGCUAGCCACCCUGAAGUGCUUAUGCGCAAUAAGUUUUAGAAAUUCCAGCAGCGUCCCAGGCCAUUUUCUAAAUGGUCUCUAACACAUGAGGUUGACAAACCCUGAGGGCAUAAAUGGUGUAAGGACAAACACUGAGGGCAUUUGUGUAAAGGCUGGUGGCAAGUAAUCCUUUCAAAUGCCAGCAAUAUCCUAGAAGCUUCAAUUGAAAUUCUAGUUUGUUUGGCCACAUGGACUGUGCACACAGAGCCAGACUAUUUGACCUUGCCCUUGUGCCUCGUCCAUAUGCCACCAAUUGUCAUCACACAAAUGAAUUGGGGUGUGGGAAUUGAUUCUUCUCUAGGUGUGAUGUAGAGGCUGGGUCAAUGAAUACAAGAGUGUUUUCCAGAGCACUGUCUGUGUUCUGCACCUGAAUGGACAUUGGGUCAUGCUACAGCCUUUGUUCCAAGCUCCCUUGAACCUUAAAAGUACUUUUUGGGCUAGUUGGUGAUGAAUGUUUUGAACCAUGGUUAAAAGUGCUAAAAAAGACGAACACAAGAGAGAAAACAGACACUGGCGCUACUCACAACUGUAUUUGAAAGAAGAUAGAAGUACAUGUGUAUAUGUUGAUACACCUAUCGUUACCUAGGCUAAGGAUGUCCUUCAACCCAUUUGCAUAGAUUUAAAAAAGAAACAUAUCCUGGCAUUAUACAAUGCAGUCGACGUGUCGUUGACGCGUUGGGGACCCCUCUUCCUCAUGAAGUACUGUACUUGCACGAAUAUAAUGCGACCACGAAUAUAACGUGAGGGCAGGUUUUGAUGCCCUCAAAAAGAAAGAAAAUAUAUUAUUACUAUUAUAACGCGAGCCGAGGCCGCAUACACUUACCGCACUCGGGGGCAUAGCAGAAGUGAAAAGGCAAUGAAAAUCGAAGGAAUAUCAGUUUAUGUUUUGACUGCACUCGUCCUCACUGCUCAGGUCCUUCAGUUUACGAUCCACUUGACCACUAAGUAACAGCAAUACGCAGGAGCACAGCACCGCUUGUCUGGUAGUUCCUUUUAUUUAGCGUGAGCUCCUCGGAAGCCCACAAGCAAAGCAAGGUACCAAGCAGAAGCACCAACACAUAAACACCAGACCACUCUGGAGCGGAAACUAAAAAAUGUACAGGCAGGGAAACAACUUCUGAACCGGUCACACUCAUUCUUGUUCUUGUCCCUCCGCAUAAACAAACACCUCGUGUUGCAAAAUUGCGUAAACAUGGUCAGUGGUCUUGGCUUGGCUUUGACGCCCUGCAUUUCUGCGGUGUGCUUUUCGGCGUGCGUCGUACAAACACAAACGCAAUAAAAAUGCUCUUUGUUUUCUAUUUCCCUCAUUCACGGGGUCCAGUGGCUAAUAAAUUCCCUCCCACACCCCCACUUCUUUUCCCACCCGAUCUCCUGCACUUUGCCGGAGGGAUGGCUUUCUCCAGACUCGCGCGCCUCGUGGAUGAACUUUAUUCUAAAUAUAACGCGAGGUGCGUUUUGGAUCACGUAACUUCGAGAAAAAAAAAAAA